UAUGACAGCGAGCUCUUCCAACGGCCACAAAUGGCCUCCUUUACCUUCAACACUCUGCAAAGGCACCUCUUCUCCGUCACUCUCUUUAGAGCGAAUGUUAGUCACAUUAAAACAAGGGUGUCUAUUACAGACCAACCUCCAAAAAAAAACGUGAAUUUAGGAACUGCAAAAGAAAAUGGCGCUGGGUUUUCUUCUGCAAGGGCUAUAGAUGAAAGAAUAGAGAGAAACGCUGUGAAUAACCUUGGUGGUUCAGUGGUGGAGAAGACAGAAUCAACAAAAGAUAAAAACGUAAGGAAAAACUUGGGUUUUAGAGAAAGAAGGAAAGUUGGUUCUGGGAAUUCUUCUUUGAGGUCUAAAGAUGAGAAGAUAAUUGUGAAUUCCACGAGUGUGGGUAGUUUCGUGGUUAAUGAAAAGAAGGAGAAGAAACCCAAGAAAGGUGAUGAUAAGCAGGUGGGAGAGGAGCAUAAGGGGAAGGGGUCUAAGAAAAAUGAAUCUCCAGAAUUUCAGUUUAGGGUUGAAUUGGAUAUGUGUUCGAAAAGAGGGGAUGUCUUGGGUGCAAUUGAAUCGUAUGAUAAGGCGCUAAGAGAAGGAACUAAGCUGGGGCAGUACCAUUAUACUGUACUUUUGUAUCUUUGUUCUUCUGCUGCUGUGGGUGUUAUUUGCCCAGCUAAAAGUGGGAGUGGUAGUAGGAGUUUAAAUACAUUGGACUCAUCUAAUGGAGCUUCUAGUUUGAAUUCCAUGGGGUCGAGUGCACUGGGAGAUAAGAGUAACAGGAAUUUGGGUGAUAUGGAAUUGGAUAUACCAGUUUCAGACAAUGAGCAACAAGUUGAUGUUGUUAGAAGUCAUGGAACUACAAAUAAAACGGAGUUGAAUUCUAGUAGUAGGUUUGACCAUUUAAGUAGUUCUUCUGAUGAAAAGGAUAAAUUGAGACAGUAUUCUAAUGAGUUUACAAAGUCAAAAGCUCAACUUUUGGAUGGACUAAGUUAUCCAGAAAAGGGUGGUAAUAAUAUUUCAAACACAAAAGAUGGGAGUGGAAACCGAGAAGAUCAUAAAAUUCAGGUAGGUGAAGAUGUCAAGUCGUAUGCACUUCAAAGGGGAUUUGAGAUCUACAAGAAGAUGUGUUUGGAUAAUGUCCCAAUGAAUGAAGCAGCAUUGACAUCCGUGGCUAGAAUGGCAAUGUCGAUGGGUAAUGGUGACCUGGCAUUUGAUAUGGUGAAGCAAAUGAAGCCAUUGGGAGUAAAUCCAAGAUUGCGAUCUUAUGUUCCUGCUCUAUCUUCCUUUUGCAAUAGUGGAGAUAUUGACAAAGCAUUUGCUGUUGAGAAACACAUGUUGUCAAAUGGUGUCUAUCCAGAGGAGCCUGAUUUGGAGGCACUCCUAAGAGUAAGUGUCGGAGCUGGUAAAGGUGACAAGGUGUACUACUUGUUGCAUAAACUAAGAACAAGUGUGCGGAAGGUCUCGCCCACUACGGCAGAUCUGAUUGUUAAAUGGUUUAAUAGCAAGGCGGCUUCAAGAGUGGGGAAAACAAAAUGGGAUAAAAGUUUGAUAAAGGAAGCAAUUGCAAAUGGAGGUGGAGGCUGGCAUGGACAGGGCUGGUUAGGGAAAGGAAGGUGGAGCACUUCAUACACGACUGUUGGAGCUGAUGGUUUGUGUAAAUGCUGUGGGGAGAGGUUGGCAAUGAUUGACCUUGAUCCUAAAGAAACAGAGAAUUUUGCUGAGUCAGUUGCAUCUAUUGCUUUAAAGAGAGAGAAAAAUUCAAGCUUUCAGAAAUUUCAAAAAUGGCUUGACUAUUAUGGACCUUUUGAAGCAGUGGUAGAUGCUGCUAAUAUCGGCCUCUUCAGCCAGAAGAGAUUUUUACCAUCCAGGGUAAGUGCUGUUGUUAAUGGAAUACGCCAAAAGCUUCCUUCAAAGAAAUGGCCUCUCAUUGUUUUGCAUAACAAGCGUAUGACUGGACGGAAGAUGGAUGAACCAGUAAAUAGGGCCUUGAUUGAGAAGUGGAAAAAUGCUGAUGCACUCUAUGCAACACCUACUGGGUCAAAUGAUGACUGGUACUGGUUGUAUGCAGCUAUAAAGUUUAAGUGCUUACUCGUGACCAAUGAUGAGAUGAGAGACCAUACAUUUCAACUUCUAGGAAAUGACUUUUUUCCAAAAUGGAAAGAGAGGCACCAAGUGCAUUUCUGUUUUUCUGAUGCUGGUCCAAUCUUUCACAUGCCUCCUCCUUGCUCUGUUGUGAUUCAGGAAUCUGAUAAAGGCCACUGGCAUAUUCCAGUUGUAUCAGAACCUGAUUAUGAAGCAGAAAGAACCUGGCUAUGUGUUACACGUGCUAAGUCACGUGUGGCAAGGCAAGAUUCUGCCACUAGUCCUGAAGAAUCACUAUCCCUUCAAUCUAACGAGGGACAUGCAAGGUCAGGUUUUCGAACUGAAGUGAAGAUAAAGCCAGAACUGAGUCAUGCGAAUCCUGAAAAUACUAAAAGUCCAUCUCAGGAAAUCUACAAAAGUCUCAGAGAUAUUCUGUCAGAAUCUGUGCAUUCAAAUGAUAAUCACACUAUACUCCCACAGAUUGAGGCUGCAGAGAUGUUUGGUAACUGCAUAAUUGAUUUUCAAAUAUAAUGGCUGUUUUGUUAAGGACCUCAAAAUGAUGCUGUGGAAAAUCGAACUCCAAACCAAGAGCUCCUUCAACAGUUAUGUUCUUGUGCGAACUACACAAAGCUCUGACAGUCUAGAAAACCGGCCUUUUUGGAGCUGCUGAUGUUAAAUGUACUAUAUCAAUGUUUUUUAGCCAUCAAAAGGUUAACCUUUUUGGAGUAAUAGCUAGUUUUUGUGAGCUGCCAUUACCUCUUUCUGGAGUUUCUCUCAGGGUUGGUUACGAGUGGAGGGAAUUUAUGGAGGGUGGAGUCUUCUAUCAUCUUUCUGUAUAAUCAUGUUUUCAUUUGCUCAUAAAGAAAAGAUUUUGCUCUGCACCUCUGUUGAACUGUUUGACCAGCAAGCAGUCAUUUUUUGUCUUUGAGCAACAUACCCCAGAUGUUUAGAUACUUGGAUCUAACUCCAAGGAUAUUUU